AUGGGUCGUGCGAAGGGAAGACGGGGAAAGGCCGCUCGACGAGCCCGCGCCGGCGAUUUGGGCUUGGGUCAGAUGAAAAGGAAGACGAAAGGGCAAUUUGCAAAAGCCGCAGAUCGGAGAGCUGAAGCCGACGAGAAAAAACGUGACGUGAAACACAUCAAAGAACAAGCAGCAUCGGUUGCUUCAAAAGCGGAAGCUGAAAAAGUUCCGCAUUCAUUUGUGAUCUAUCGUGGUGAAGUUGGCCGGUUUGUGCAUCGUCUUGUCCGUGAUCUGCGCUUUGUCAUGGAGCCAAAUACGGCUAAAGACUUGAAGGUACGAAAAAGCAAUAAUCUUCGCGAUUUCGUCGUUAACGGCGCCCCGCUUGGCGUCACUCAAAUGAUGGUUUUGACACGGGGAACAAAGGAUCUUCACUUGCGAAUGAUUCGACUUCCACAAGGGCCAACUUUGACUUUUAGAGUGCAAGAAUACACGCUGAAACGCCAGGUUCUCUCACGUCAAAAGAAGCAAAUGUGGUGCGAUACUUUGUUCAGCGCGGCACCUCUCGUCGUUAUGAAUGGAUUCAAAACGGCUGAUCAGAAGCGCCAUUUACAAGUUGUGCAAACGAUGGUUCAAAACAUGUUUCCUUCGCUGAAUGUUGAUACGGUACAAUUAAAAGCCGUUCGUCGAUGCCUUCUCCUCAACUAUGACCCGGAAACCGAUACGAUAGAUAUGCGACAUUAUGCCAUCAAGACGGUGACUUCGGGAUUGGCUAAACCGGUCAAAAAGUUGGUCUCAUCGAAGAUUCCAGACCUCAGUCGAUACAAAGACAUCUCGGAUUUCUUUAUCAACCCUGGCCAAUUGAGCGAGAGUGAAUGGGAAGAAGAGCAAAAAGAAGUCGAUCUUCCACAGGAUAUUUUCUCUCGAGGUUUAUCGCAAGGACAGAAAAGUAACAUCAGAUUGCUGGAGUUGGGGCCUCGCUUGAAGCUGGAAUUGGUGAAGGUGCAAGAAGGGAUCGACGAAGGAGAGGUACUUUAUCACAAAUUUGUGCAAAAGACAGCCGAUGAGGUGGCUGAUUUGAAGAAUAAAGCACCGAGAAUUCGGAAAUUGCAAGAGAGGCGCAGAAAAGAUCAAGAACAUCGGGUGAUUCGACGACUCACUGCCAUUGACGAGAGAAAAAAGAAAGACGAGGAGGCGAUCAAAGAAAGAACAGAGAAGGCGGCUCGAAAACAAGCCGAAGUCACCGGUCAAACUGAAGACGUUGAGGUGGAUCGGAAAAGGGAUCGAGAGAUUGAAAUUGAAAGAGAACGGGAAGAAUCGGAAAAAGUGCCGACGAUUGGCAAGAAGAAAGGACGAGGCGGCGGUGAGGGACAGAACGUUUCGCAGGAACCGCCAACAAAGAAGAAUAAAAAAGAACAAAAAGGAUCGACGGAAAAUGGAAAGGUCAAGUCUUCGCGUCGAGAAGCAGCGCAC